ACUCAAAACUGAGCUCUCACUCUCUUUUGUCAUUCUUCGAGGAAGUUCAUUCCCUGCGAGUCUGAGCGGCGCAGAAAGUAAAGGUGAGACUCUUGAGUGCCGUGGCCGAAAUACAACAUCCAUAAAUACACUGCAUCCAUCCAAGUGGAAGGAAAAUGAGCAGCGCAGAGAAAAGAAGCAAGGGCAGCGGGGCCGAGAUGAGCGGAGACACCUGGACUCUGCACACGGACGGCAUCCCUCCGGACACACUCAGUAAGGUGCAGGAGUACCUGGAGUGUUUCCACCUGUCUCUGGAGAAGCUGCAGGAGGUUUCUGCUCGGCUGAGGAAGGAUCUGGUUCGAGGUUUGGGGAAACACUCUCACCACAAGGCGCCCGUCAAGAUGCUGCCCACCUUCGUCAGGGCCACACCGGACGGGACGGAGAAGGGCGACUUCCUGGCGCUGGAUCUCGGUGGAACAAACUUCCGGGUGCUCCAUGUCCGUGUGGUGGAGGAGCAGCAGAGAGUGCUGAAGAUGGACAGUCAGAUCUGUGCCAUCCCCAAAGAAAUGAUGCUGGGACCUGGAGAACAGUUGUUCGACCACAUCGCCGCCUGUCUCAAUGACUUCCUCGUCUCUCAGAAACUGAAGGGACAAACUCUUCCUCUGGGCUUCACCUUCUCCUUCCCCUGCGAACAGAAAGAAAUCGACAAGAGCAUCCUGAUCCGAUGGACUAAAGGCUUCAACUGCUCCGGAGUGGAGGGCAAAGACGUGGUGAAGUUACUGAAGGAGGCCAUUCACAGGAGAGGGGACUAUGAUAUAGGCUCAGUUGCCAUGGUGAACGACACAGUGGGCACGAUGAUGAGCUGCGGCUACAGAGACCAGAGCUGUGAGAUCGGCAUGAUCAUAGGUACGGGAACCAACGCCUGCUACAUGGAGGAGAUGAAGAACGUGAAGCGUGUGGAGGGCGAGGAUGGGCGGAUGUGCAUCAACACAGAGUGGGGCGGCUUCGGAGACGACGGCUCCCUCAAAGACAUCCUGACGGAGUUUGACAUCGUGGUGGACGAGACGUCCAUCAACCCCGGCGUCCACACCUUUGAGAAGAUGAUCAGCGGCAUGUAUUUGGGAGAAAUCGUUCGGCUUCUGCUGGUGAGGCUGACGGAGGACAAGCUGCUGUUUAAGGGACAGACAUCGGAGGCGCUGCUGACCCCGGAGGCAUUUCAGACAAAGUUCAUCUCUGAAAUUGAGGAGCAGGACGACGGUCUGGAAAACACGCAGAACAUUCUGACCAAGUUGGGAUUGAAGUGGGAUUUGGUCGACUCCUGCGUGGUGCGUCUGGUUUGCGACGCGGUCUCCUCGCGCUCCGCUCGUCUGUGCGGCGCUGCCCUGGCAACCCUCGCCAACCGUAUCCGGGUCAACCGCCGGCUAGACCGUCUGAAGACCACUGUUGGGGUGGACGGGACGGUCUACAGAAAACACCCCACUUUCAGCGAGGAGCUCCGGGCGACGGUGCGCCUCCUCGCCCCCGAAUGUGACAUCACCUUCCUUGUCUCGGAGGACGGCAGCGGGAAGGGCGCUGCCAUGGUAACGGCCGUGGCACAGCGGCUGGCUCACCAAUCCCGCCUUUUGGAGGAGAGCGACGGUGAGGACGACGAAGAGGAGGAGGAGGAGGAAGGCCAAUAGAGAGAGGGGGAUACAGAUGGUGCACAACUAUAUUUUCAGUUUUUUAAAAGCCGGUAUUCACAUCUCAUCAAAACAAGUUGUUAACGUUAUACAUAAGUGAGUCAAACUUGUUACUUUUUUCAUUUCUUUCUGUUUUGUUCAUGUCCGUUCUACUCGUCUUCUAUCUCUAUGGUGCUCAGCAAAGUAAACUAGUAAACGUGGAUGUAAACAAUGCAGGAUGUGGAAGGAAAUGCAUUCAACACAUUUGUUAGAAAACUCCACAGUGCACCUUUAAGCCAAAGAGAGAAAAAAAGGAAAUAAUCUAAAAAUAGAAAAAGAUCAGUUUUGCAUACUUCUAGAAGGCAGAUAUAGGUUCUUACAACUGAAAAUCUCUUUUUCACAGUUAGUUUUUAACUUUUUUAAGCAGCUACAGAGACAUUAGAGGACAUAAAAUACAGAAAAUAUGUGUAUAAGCUAAGAAUUAUAGAUUUUAGGGUGAGUGGUAAUGUGUUAUUGUUUUUCUUGGGUUUGCACUCUUUGAGGAAUUUGCACUUUUUAAAGAAAGAAAAGAAAGAUGGAUUCCAAACGGGCCAAUCAGAGCAUGGACAUAUUGCUGCAUAAGAGCAGCAGUCGACCAAUGUUCUUGUAUUCUGAGGGAAGAGGAAGCCGCUUUUUACUGUCGGCACAAUGCAAAGCUUUUUAGUGCUGUUACGUCCAUUCAGUGGUUUUGUUUUCUGCACUGUAGUGAACAAAACAAGCCGCGUGGUGGCUGUGGACUUUAAGUCUGUUACUGCCCAUUGCUCCUCUUUUCUUCUGCUUUAAGAAGUUACUGCUGCUCCGUCCAGCUUCCUGUUGCAGUGAUACACAGGGACACUUUUUUGUGUAGGUAAAUUCACAGCAGCUUUAAUUACAGUUCGUCACACCUGGAGUCUUGAACAGAUGUGUAUAUACAGUAUAUACAGUACGUGUAUAUAUAUGUAUGUCUAUAUAUAUAUAUAUAUAUAUAGGUUUUCUCAAGUUGCUAAAAAUCUCACUGUUUUUGUUUGAAAGGUGAAAUAAAGGGACAUUUUUCUAACAUAAGGCAGUACGACUUGUUUGUCUGUAGUGAUGCUGAUGGAUGGUUUUAAAGGUGCAUGAUCCGAGAUUGGGAGCAUUUCAUUUGCCUCUCAGCGGCUCUCAACAUGGCGGCAGCUAGCCAGCAGCUCGUAGCUAAUUGGUGAUAACGGUGCCAACAGUGCAAACUACAGCGGAAGUGAUGACAGAGUUAAUGGUGUUCACGUCAUUGUUUACAGCCAAUAAAUGUCCUUGUUUAAAACCUGUUCUGCAGCUUUAAUGCUCUAUCUUGUUAUUAGUACAUUUGUGUUUAAUUUGCAGUUAAACACAGUUAAAGAGUUUGAAUUCAUGUGGAGAACAAUAACUGACAAUGUUUUUGUUUCGAGAAUAAGAUGAUUAUCCAAGAAACUGAAUACAGCCAGAGAUGUUUUUUUGGGAGUUGCCUUCCAGUGGCUGUUAGCAGAACUGCAGCUGAAUGCACUUUUAUAUCAGUGUCGAAGUUCAGUCUGGUGAUUGCUGAUAAGCAGUAACAGACAAGCGGUCAUCAACCAGCAAAACCAAGUUCAAAAAGAAAUGUUUUCUGUACAUUUCCUUGCAUGCCGUGCAGUGGCAGCAAACUAUCCCAACAGUAUCUUUAACAGUGUUGCCAGAUCUCUGUCCUCAACACUCACCUCUCAAUGUUCCAGAUAAUAAAUGCCAGAAACUGAACUGUCCUUUUAACACCGCUACUGCUGGUAUUACUUUGUUUGUUUGUUCUUGCACAGGAUGAUUAAGAUUAAUAUUAAUAAAGUCGGUUUUCAAUGAACCGAAGUGUGGUACAUGAAUGUUCAUAAAAAAGUUCUCAAGAUGGAAGGAUGGAAGGAAGUAUGUCCAGAAAAGUCAUAAAAAAGCCAUUAAGUAUGUCGAAAAACAUAUGCUAUACUAAACUUACUGUAUUAUUAUUUGUUCUUUACUUACUUUAUUACUUAUUUACUUACCUCUUUACUUAGUUACUUACUUUCUCCAUUAAUUACAUACGUACAUCAUUACUUAUACUUACCUUUAUCCCUGGGGGGAUAUCCGCAUGUCUCACAGCAGCACUACAAGAACAAACCACACAAACACUGCAAAACCAAAUGUUAAACACAAAUGCUAACAUGAAAGUAAAAUGCAUACAAGUGUGCAAAUUGCAGUAAAUUUUGCAAAAUUAAUAAAAUUAUAAUUUUUAAGUGAAAAAGAUGUAUUGCACUGUGCCAGACAUUAGGCAUAUCAUGUAAUUAUGAAGUCCAAUUAGUACAUUAAGACUUCCCAGUCUUCUGAUUUCUACAUCAACUUAGUUAUGGCCUGUCCCACCAGCAACUGCAUUAUUAAAUACCAUGAGCAUGAUUAAAUAACUUGGCUUGGAAUCCAUUUUCAUCCUUAAAUCCUGGUAGAAUCUGUAAAGGCACAAGAAGCAAGUCCAUUAAUAUUGAUCUAAUAUUAAACUAAAGAAGACAAAAAUUAUUCAUCAGAUUUUAUACAUUUUAUAACAUCUAAGGUGUUUCACUGUGCUAUUUUAUUUCUUGGGAGAAAUGUCAUCAGUAUGCUUCACUGCAGAAUGACUAAUUUAAUCAGCAGUGAAGCCUCUACAACUGUGUUGCUGCGGAGGACAAAAUGUUGCUGCAGCCUGAUGUGCUGCUGCUGCUGCAGCCUGUUCCUGCCACACGGCUGCU